AUGAAGAUUCGACUUGGAAUGGAUCGAAAUGACAGAAGAAAAAUGUUAAGUGCUCUAAGAGAACCGAAAUUGGAAGAAGCACGUCAAUUUUUAAUGGAACGAACAAGGGGAUUAAGUCCAAUAGCGCCAUAUUUUCAAGAAGAACGGUACGAUACAAAGGACGGAGAUUAUUGUAUUACAAGGCUUGAUGUGACCCCAUUUCGAGGAGCAAAAAGUGUACAAGAUGUGUUUUUAGCCUUACAGCAAGCCAUCUUUAAUGCUGAAAUUAUCAUUUCCGAGACGUCGGGAAAUAUUACCAUUCGUGAAGACGAUGAAUUGGGAGAUCAUAAUUUAUCACACAUGCGCUUUUCGUCGGAGUCCUCGCUUGGUGUACAACUUGAGACGAAUUUAGUGUUGUUCUCGGAUAGCAUACAAUACGAAACGAAGGAUGUGGACUAUGGUCGUUGUGCGAUCAUGGCGUUAGAUUUUGUCGAUGAAGAUGAAAAGUACCCGUACAAGCCAAAUGAGCGCAUAAGACGUGAUUUUACGACUGUGACCAUGGUAUCGUCCUAUCAAGACUAUACUGCUGGCAUCAAAGAGGAGGGUGAACUUGUGGUAGUGGUCACACGAUGGGCGGCCACUAUUGUACGACGUCCAUCCGUUUCUAUUUCAUAUGGUGUUUGGGAUGACUUGCGCAACUCGAAUCUUCGAUGGCCAGACUUGAUGCUUAACUGUGUGCGUGAAACUCUCGGACUGUCUGCAGUGAAUCCUACUGUCCCCAAAUGA